AUGGAAACGUACGUCGCCGAAAUCGGUGAGAUCGUACGGGCGCAGAGACGCGACGAGGAGGUCAUCGACGACCUCAGUUCUCGUAUUUCCAAGGUUUUAUCAGAGUAGUCCACUUUUCGAUAAAAAGUCUUGAUAAUUCUGAUGGAGAACAAUGUUUGAUUUUUUUUAGGUGUUCAGGGAAGUUUAAAAGUACCUAGUGAAUAAAACAUUUUGAAGUUAUAGCUAGAGCCAACGAAAAUUCCUAGCAAGAAACUUUUUUCAGCACUUGAGAACACUUUACAUGAAAUUUAUUUUUGUAGCCGUUAUUUUGGUUCCUCUGUUCUGAGGCCGUAUAGAAUGAAGUGAAAAAUUAUUUCCACCAUUUUCAUGAAAAUCGCUAUUAAUUAACUUCAAAUUUUUUUUUAUGAAGUUGUUAAUUAAGAUUCAGAUAGGAGAAAACGAAUUUCAGUGUAAAAAAGACUAGUUGAGGUCAAUUUCGAGCUUCACAAAAAUAGCUGAAAGUUUUCCAAUUUGUUGAAUAUGUGCCUCCGAGUUAAAAAAAAAAGUGCAAAAUUCAUGAUUUCUAGGUAGUGAAAGAUCUGCUGGGACAGCGACGUUGGAUCCGUUGGUUUCCAUAUUUUCGGAACUUCGCCUCCACCGCAUAUUACGCCAACACCGUUCUAGCCUGUUUGACCACUUCUGGAUCUUCAUUUUACAUCAUUUUUUCCUUUUUAGGUAAUCAGACGCUCGGUGAAGAGUACGUGAAGCUGUUCGAAAGCGAAGGACUUAACCGGGUGGUUCCUUCUCUCCCUGCCCGGUUCACAUUUGUUCUCAUUCAUUGUCUGGCGCCAGUUCUGUCGAAUUAUCUCAUCCAGGUUUUUUCUUUUGAUUUUCUACAAGUCAUCACCUUUAAUGGACUGUUAAUUGAAUCUCAUAGCCAACUGGAGUUUUGCUUCUGUAUUUCGACUUCAAAGAAAAGCCUUUUCAAGCAAAAAAAUUUUUUUUCAAAGUUCAAAAGUUCUGGAUCACCGUGAGAUUGUGGAAAUGGAACCAUAUGAAAUUUCGAAACUGGCCUUUUUUACUCUUUAUUUUAUAAAAAAAGAUCCCUAUUUCUCUAGCUUCGAGUAAUUCCAGCCUUUCGCAGAUUUUCUUAAGACGUGCCGUAAAAAAACAUGGUUCUCCCACCCCCUCUCCUCUUAUAUAUAUACUUAACUCUCUGACAGCUUUUUAAAUCUCGCGAAAUCACCUUAAACAAAGGCACGAGCAAAGUCAGUUUUUAAUCUGCGCCGUUUCAGAAAGGAGAAAACCUCCUCGCCCACCCUUCCACAGACACUUUCCUUGGACUGCCAAUUCGCAACAAUCCCAAAGCUCGUCGAUCACUUUUUGAACUACUUUCUUGGCUUCGGUGAGCUUCGAUUGCGAUUUCAAGGAAUAUCCACUGCAGAGGCACGGCUUUUCCUCAAAUUCAAACGACUCCAUCUCGCCAUCUUCUACAUCUACGGCGCCUAUUACAGUCUCGCGCGACGUUGGACUGGAAUCCGUUUUUUGUCGGUCAACCCGCAGACGGACUUGCCGGUUCAACCGAUUUUUUUUUUUGCUUGGUAAAAGUUUUUUCUCAGGCUCUGAAGCUCUACCGAUUCCUGGGUUACGUCACCAUCGCUCAGCUUAUCGUUAGCUGUUUGAUCGGCGUUUUUUCGUUUAUUGAAGAGGAGAGGAAACGAGACUUCAAGAAGAAGGAGACGAAAAAGCCGGUGGCGCAAGAAGAAGACGUCGUUGAAGAGUUAAACUCGGUAUCAAUUUCUAAUUUUUUUUUUUUUGAAAAUCUGUUUGAUGUACUUUUGAAGACGUUUUUCGCGUCGUUGUGCAAUCUAAUGCGGUAUAAUAUCAGUUUUUGAAACUGAUUUGAUGUGUUUCAAGAUCGGUUUUUCUUUCCUUUUCCAAAUUUUCAAAAAGCUUAGGGGGAGAGCAUCUUUUAAAAAUUCAGAAAUUUUCUUUUAGUGAGCUCAUUAGGCAAUAUUUGAAGGGUUCUAAAAAAAUCGGAAUUGAGAGGAAAGAUCCUGUUCAAGUGGAAAAAAACAAAAAAAUAAUGUAUAUUUCUUCGUAACUAUAUAGAUAUAUUUUUACAUCUUCGCUCAUUUUUUUAUUCAAGGUCCAAGCUCUUUUUUUGGUUUGAAAAGAAUCGAUAAAGAUGAGUUCUGUAAGAUCAAUCAAUCAAUCGAUAAAUAUUUUAUUUUUGUUCAGUCUUCGAUGUGAUUGACUAUUCACAUCAGAAAGGAGAAAAAAUAAUUGAAAUUUAGGUGAGUCAUCCUUGGUUCCGCUGCUCAGUUUGCCUGGAACAACGGGAUCCGUCAGCCUUGUUUUGCGGUCAUUUGUUCUGCUGGACUUGCAUUCAAGUUUAUACUUUUUAUAUUUUACUUUUUUUUAAUUCAUCAUUAAUAUCCUUUCAAAAAAGCAUGUCUUCUUCCAAACCCGUACUCAUGUGAAUUCAAAGCGAACCCAAAGUUUCGAUUUUCAAAGAUAAGCUAAGAUAUUUGGACUUUAGAGAGUCCCUUCCAUCACACACCUCGAGGAAUGUUUAAAAAAACAAUUUUUUUGUUGAUAUCUUUUGAGUAUCGACAAGAAAAACUAGAUUUAGUCGUCCACAAAUCCCUCUGAAAAAAAGGAGAAUAUUAUCUAUUUCGUCACUUUUUUUAUUGAAAAAAAUAAAUUUAUAAAUUUUCAUCUUGAAGGAGCACGCUCUUCCCGCAGAAGGUCCUUCUCGCUGUCCACAGUGCCGAUUGGCCUUUGAACCCAGAGACGUCACGCCCCUUCUCAAUCUUUAA